AUGCCCAAGGUCUCUGACUACCCUCACGUCGGCAAGGCGAUCGUCGACGCCAUCCAGCGCGGCGCCCCCGAUGUCGACCUCAACGAGCUCCCCAACCUCCAGGACAUGAGCCCCGACAAGCUCACCGAGAACGUUGUCGCGAUCAACUCGCUCGAUAAGAACGAGCGCCGCAAGUACCUCCUCGAGCGUCUCGUGCAGUACAUGCACACCUACGUCAAGGAGACAAACCUCACGACGGAGGAGUGGAUGAACGCGAUCCAGUUCCUCACCAAGACGGGACAGACCUGCACCGACCUUCGUCAGGAGUUCAUCCUGCUGUCUGACGCUUUCGGUGUUUCGGCGCUCGUUGACACGAUCAACCACCCCAAGCCCAAGGGUGCUACCGAGUCGACCGUGCUCGGCCCGUUUUUCGUUGAGGAUGCCCGUACCGUUGAGAACGGCGACGCCAUUGCGUCCGAGGACAAGGGCGAGCCGAUGCUCGUCAAGGGCCGCAUCACGGACACUUCUGGCAAGGGCAUCGCGCACUGCCUGAUCGAGACGUGGGAGACGGACGAGGACGGCUUCUACGACACGCAGUACGCCGAGUACGAGCAGGACUGCCGCGGCCGCCUGUACACAGACGACGACGGCUACUACGCCUUCCGCUGCGUCAAGCCCGUGGCGUACCCGAUCCCGAAUGACGGACCUGUCGGUCAGCUCCUCCGCUCGAUGGGACGACACGUCUUCCGUCCCUCGCACCUGCACAUGAUGUUCCAGGCCAAGGGCUUUGUCGAGCUCAUCACCUCGCUCUACUUCAAGGGCGACAUCUUUAUCACGUCCGACGCCGUGUUUGGCGUCAAGUCGUCGCUGAUCACCGACCCGCAGCAGGUCAAGGACAAGGCGCAGGCGCAAAAGUACGGCUUCAAGAGCGACGAGUUCUGGCUCCUCGAGCGCGACUUUGUCCUCGUCACGCCUGAGGAGAACAAGAAGCAGAAGCAGAUCAACGACGACGAGCUCAAGAAGAACCUCGAGAAGAACCACAUCAAGAUCUGA